AUGGCCAGGAGGUCCGAGGGCGGCGGCAUGGCGUCCACCGACAUGCGCGCGGUUCAGGCGAACCUGAACAGCCAGAAGGUGCCGGAGGGAGGCAGGGGACAGGAGGGCGGGGACCCGAACAAGAAGGCCUCGUUCACCUACAACGCAGAGCGGGUGCUGGGCAGCGGUUCCUUCGGGAUCGUGUACCAGGCUCAGGUGGUCGAGACCGGGGAGUCCGUGGCCAUCAAGAAGGUGUUCCAGGACAAGCGGUACAAGAACCGCGAGCUUCAGAUCAUGAAGGAGCUGCGCCACCCCAACGUGGUGGAGCUGAAGCACGCUUUCUACACCUCAGGUGACAAGCCGGGCGAGACUUAUCUGAACGUGGUGAUGGAGUACUGCAGCGACACGGUUUACCGUGUCAUGAAGCAUUACAACAAGAUGAAGCAACCGGUGCCGCACAUCUUCGUGCAGCUGUACUCCUACCAGAUGAGCCGCGCCUGUGCGUACAUCCACGCUGUGGGGAUCUGCCACCGCGACAUCAAGCCGCAGAACCUCCUCGUGGACGGCCACACGCACGCGUUGAAGUUGUGCGACUUCGGCUCGGCCAAGCGGCUUGUGAAGGGGGAGCCCAACGUCGCGUACAUCUGCUCUCGCUACUACCGAGCGCCAGAGUUGAUUUUUGGAGCCACGGACUACACGACAGUCAUCGAUAUCUGGUCGACCGCGUGUGUGACCGCCGAGCUCAUCCUGGGGCAGCCCAUCUUCCCCGGGGAGAGCGGUGUGGACCAGCUGGUGGAGAUCAUCAAGGUGUUGGGCACGCCCACGCGCGAGGAGCUCACAGCGAUGAACCCCAACUACACGGAGUUCAAGUUUCCCCAGAUCAAGCCUCACCCCUGGCACAAGGUCUUCCGCACGAAGACGUCUCCCGAAGCCAUCGACUAUGUCGCGAAGCUCCUGGUCUACGACCCCAAGACACGCCCCUCGGGGCUGGAGUGCUGCAUGCACGGGCUCUUCGACGGCCUCCGGGAUCCGAACACCCGCAUCAGCAGCACCAAGCCGCUGCCGCCCAACCUGUUCACGUUCUCCCGGGAGGAGAUGGCGAUCAUGGACGCCGACCAGAAGGCCAAGCUCGUUCCCGAGGGGGCCAAGUAG